AUGUUCAAAGAUCUCGGCGACAUUGAAGGGGUGUCAGACUCCCUUCGAGUCGUGGUGGAUGCCAUGCGGCUUGCCGCCGCCAAGAAGGAGGAGAAACCAGACGAAGCCCUGCGGCUGGCCUCAGAGGAGUUGGUCUGGUUCCGGGAGCAGGGCCAGAAGAGGGGCCAGGCUUCCAUGCUCUUGGCGAUGGCGAGGGUAAACACCAGCGGCAAACGAGGCGUCAAGGAUCGCGAUCAGGGCAUUCGACAGGCCAAAGAGGCUUUGAAGAUUUACCGGGAGUUGGGUGACAAGCCCAUGGAAGGUGCCGUUCUGCUAGUCCUUGGCGAGCUGUACAUCUACGUCAAGUCCUUCCAAGAGGCAAUAGGUGCCGCAAACAAGGCUCUCGCAAUCUUCGAAGAUGCCGAGGAUUCGCGAUCCGAGGCACGCUCUCUUCACCUUCUAGCGGAGGCAAGGUUUGGCAACCGGCAGAUGGAAGGUGGCAAGCAGGCUGCGGACGAUGCGAUAGCGAUUUGGAUGGAGCUUGGCCUCCCACGACAGGAGGCCAUCGAGCACCUUUCCGUGGCAAGAUGGCACGCCGAAGAGGAGAUGGCAACUCAAGCCAUUGAGUCCGGCAACAAGGCCGGAGCUAAAAGCAGAUGCAAGUUUUUGUUGUAG